GUUUCCGCUGUCCCCGGUGAAAGCUGAGUCAGUCUCUCCAGCAGCAGGAGCUGGGGCUGUGGUAAAGUUUAAUCCUAGGCAGCUCUGAGCAAUCGCGGGAUUGCAAUUUCCUCUAUUCCCACUGACCACCCCAUCCCCCUACAACAUUCUCUCUAUUUCUCUCCACUGAGACUGAGAGAAGCUGCGGAUUGUGUGAAAUGUACUGUCUCCCUCGUUGCUGCUGAGGUUUUAAGAGUCUUAAAGACCCGGAAAAAAAACAGGAAGAGGGAAUCAGUGGUGUUCUGUCAGCGCUGCUGCAGCUAAUACACCAAGUUUGCAGAGUUCUGUGACAAACCGCGACCAAACGAAAAUGCUUUGCAAACUUGUACAUCAGUAUCACCAGGCUCAGCAGCGAAUGGUGCAGAUCGCCUUGUAGUUAGGUGUCUGUGCACAUCUCUCUCUCCCUUUCCUCUGGGAUCACCAGGGUGACCAAGUCAGAUUCCGACUGUGUUCAGCAACUCACUCCUUACCACCUUCCGAGUGAAUGCCAACGACAGCGGGCACGGAUUUUGGGGCGUUAUUGUAAAGGACGGCACGUAGAGCGGCGAAGGAGUUGGAGAGGGGGCCAGAAGAUGUCAACCCCUGCCAGGUAUAAGAAAGAUAAAGAAAUCAUAACCGAGUAUGAGGCGCAAGUCAAAGAAAUACGAGCUCAGUUAGUCGAGCAACUGAAAUGCUUGGAGCAGCAGACAGAGAUGAGGGUUCAACUCCUCCAGGACCUCCAGGAUUUCUUCCGCAAGAAGUCUGAAAUUGAAAUGGAGUAUUCCCGAAACUUGGAGAAACUGGCUGAGAGAUUCAUGGCAAAAACCCGGAGUACAAAGGACCAUCAGCAGUACAAGAGGGACCAGAAUCUUCUGUCCCCAGUAAACUGCUGGUAUCUGCUCCUGAACCAGGUCAGGAGAGAAAGCAAAGAUCACGCAACUUUGAGCGACAUCUAUCUGAACAACGUUAUCAUGCGCUUCAUGCAAAUCAGUGAGGACUCGACCAGACUCUUCAAAAAGAGCAAGGAGAUUGGGUUCCAACUGCACGAGGAUUUAAUGAAGGUUCUCAAUGAGCUGUACACGGUCAUGAAGACGUACCACAUGUACCACACCGAAAGCAUUAGCGCAGAGAGUAAACUGAAGGAGGCUGAGAAACAGGAGGAGAAGCAGAUUGGGAGAGACCCUGUCUUCAGCAUCCAGAUGGAAGAAAAGCACCAGAGGCGGAGGUCGGUGAAAAAGAUUGAGAAAAUGAAAGAGAAGCGUCAAGCCAAAUACUCUGAGAAUAAGCUUAAGUCCAUCAAGGCCCGAAACGAGUACCUACUGACAUUGGAGGCGAGCAAUAACUCUGUUUUCAAAUAUUACAUCCAUGACCUUUCUGAUGUAAUUGAUAAUAAUGACCAGAGCUUGGAUUACAUCAAAGGAUUGUGUACGGCCUUUCACCACUCAGCUGGUGCUGUUUGUACUGAUGUUUCUGGUUGUUCUGAAAUAGGUGAAGAUCCUUUGGCUGAUGAUCAGGAUAACCAUGACAUUAACUCAGUCGCAGGGGUUCUGAAGCUCUACUUCAGAGGAUUGGAAAACCCACUCUUUCCUAAGGAAAGAUUUAACGAGCUCAUUCCCUGUGUCCGAGUAGAGAAUCUGUGUGAGAGAGCCCUUCAUCUUCGCAAGAUUCUCCUCACCCUUCCCCGCUCUGUGAUCAUCGUGAUGAGAUACCUGUUUGCUUUUUUAAACCACCUGUCUCAAUACAGCGACGAAAAUAUGAUGGAUCCUUACAACUUGGCAAUCUGCUUCGGCCCCACCCUAAUGCCUGUGCCCGACACGCAAGACCAAGUCUUGUGCCAAGCCCACGUGAACGAGCUGAUCAAGACCAUCAUCAUCCACAGCGAGCUGAUUUUUCCCGAUCCGAAGGAUCUGGAGGGACCCAUUUAUGAAAAGUGUAUGGCCGGUGACGAUUAUUGUGACAGUCCCUACAGUGAACACGGGACACUGGAGGAUGUUGAUCUCGAUGCUGGCACUGAGACACACACCAGUGAGGAUGAAAUGGCUGCAUUAAUGGACAGUGUCACCAACCAGGUGGCGGGUUGCAGCUGUAAGUGUGAGGCAAGAUCGAUGAUUUAUAAUAAUGCACCCAUUGCUGUGUGUUUGUCUCCUGACCUCUCGCCAAACAUCCACCGUUAA